CACCAUGCUUGCUCUGGAGGCUGCACAACAGGUUUCCAAAGAUGGCAUGUUCUGGAGACUCUCACCCCCAUCCUGCCCCGGUCUUCCCAGGCUGGACGGCCCACACUUGAGCUGUUUGUACCCAGAAGGUGUCUUCUAUGACCUGGACAGCUGCAAGCCUUUCAGUUACCCAGAUUCAGAUGGGGGUCCUGACUCCACAUGGGGCUGGACAGAGGCCCCACCUGCCUCCGCCAUCACCCCCUAUGAAGUCUUCGACCCCGCUACGACUGCCUUUACUCACUCCCAGGCUGUGCAGCUCUGUUACGGUCAUAGUCUUGGCCCCUCUGCCUACGGUCCUGUGGGGACCCUUGACCCAGCCUCGAGCUUGGAGGCUCCAGGGCCUGGCCUCCAGGUGUACCCCUCAGAGGACUUUGUCAGCCAGACUCUGGGCCCCUUGGCUACCCCGUACCCCAGCCCUGUGCUGUCAGAGGAAGAAGACAUUCUGCUGGACAGCCCUGCCCUGGAGGUCUCAGACAGCGAGUCAGAUGAGGCCCUCUUGGCUGGCACUGAGGCAGGUGCCCGCAAGAAACUGCGCCUCUACCAGUUCCUGCUGGGACUGCUGCUGCGCGGGGACAUGCGCGAGUGCGUGUGGUGGGUGGAGCCGGGUGCCGGAGUCUUCCAGUUCUCCUCCAAGCACAAGGAGCUGCUGGCUCGCCGCUGGGGCCAGCAGAAGGGCAACCGCAAGCGCAUGACGUACCAGAAGCUGGCGCGUGCACUGCGCAACUAUGCCAAGACAGGCGAAAUCCGCAAGGUCAAACGCAAGCUCACCUACCAGUUCGACAGCGCGCUGCUGCCAACUACCCGGCGCGCCUGAGCGCCCCGCUACGACCCCUUUCUAGCCCCCAGGCCCUAGUGUCCAUGGAACCCCCGUAUGGGGGCAGUAGGCUGCCAGGGUCCUCAGGUCUCACCAGGGCCUCCCCAGCGUCCCCCGUGCCAUAUAUGGGAUUCCCCAGGAUGGUCGUGUUUAAGCGGAGUGUCUCACGACCCACUGGUCAUUCUACUUGCUUGUAGAAUGGCAGGUUUCUCUGCAGGGGCUCCUGGUGGUGUUUGCAGUUCCGGAAUCCACAAUGGUACUUGCUGCGAGCUCUGUGAUCACACACGUCAUUGCACCAGCAGGUGGCGCUGCCUACAGCCCCCAAGCCUAUUUGUGUGCGUGUUGGGUGGGUGGGUGCGGGUCCCUCUGUGCUGCCCUGAGGCCCUGGUCAGAUCUGAGAUCUAGUUGUAUCUUUAUGUCUGGAGCCUUCUGAGAACCCUGUGCCAUCUAUGAUUUUCUCUGUGUCCAUCCAUGACUUUGUUUGAAACAGGGUCUCACUAUUUAGCUCAGGGUGGCCCCCAACUUGUGACAAUCCUCCUGCCUCAGUCUCCUAAGUGCUGGGAUUACAGGGGCACAACACCAUACCAGGCCUUUUCUUUUUUUGAGACAAGGUUUUACUGUGUAGUCCAUGCUGUCUUCAAGCUUGUGGUGAUCCUCUUGCCUCAGCCAUCCCUUGGGACCCUCUGGGAUCUGAGAUGACUUGUUGGGGAGGUUGGGGGUGGGGCAUUCGGUGAAUCUUACAGACUGAAGCCUUCUGGGGUCCUUUGUCAUAUGGGAAGUUCUCCAACAUCCUAGGCUCCUGGCUGCCCUGAGGUCACAUAUUGACUCUCUUGUUUGAGGGGCCACCCGUGUUGUGUGUCAGGAUCAUUCUAGCCCCUGGCCAGUUUGGGGGGUGUGGCAAGGCCAGCGGCCUGUUAUUUUUGAGACUGGGUGUCAGGUAGCUCAGGCUGGCCUUGAACUUGCCACAAAGCUGAGGAUGGCCUUGAGCUCCUCCCUCGAGUUCCUGCCUCUGCCAGAGUGCUCAGAUCCUGGCACCAUCACGAGCCUGUUUCUUUUCUUUUUCAUAAGUCAGGGUCUAUCUGUGUGGGCCAGGCUGGCUUUAAACUCAUAACAGUCUUCCUGCCUUGGUGUCCAGCACGCUAGGGUUCUGAACAUGUUCCACCGCACCCCGCUUACCCCACACCAUCACUAGCCAGGUUUCUAAAGCUGGCCACCCCCCACCCACAAGGCAGGCAAAUUAAGUCCCUGCAGGUGUUGUCUGCAGAGAAAAGCACUCUACAGUGAGCUUUCAGACUAGGGAGCUCUCCCACAGUCCAGACCUCUGGCCAGAUGUUCUGUGUGCAGAGGCCGGGACCAGUCCCUUCCCAGUGCCUGCUGUCUCACCCUGUGGCCAUGACCACACUCAGCUGCCUGUUCCGGCCCAGUCUUUUGAGGUGGGGGAUACAGCCAGCUGUAGGCCAACCUGGCUCAAAUUGUGAGGUUCUCAUUGGGCCCCCAUAGCAGAAUCAGAACCCAAGGCUUUGAGCCUGAGCAGGCUGGGCCACCCAGACCUAGGUCCCUCUGAGAAAGAGGAGGAAGAGGGCCUCCUUGCAACCCUGAUGAACCUGGGACACACCUUAACUCACCUCUGGGUCACCAGAACGGGAAAGAAGAAUCAUGGAAGAUGUUCAUGUGGCCAAGGACAAGCUGGCACCAAAUAGAAUUCUUUCUUCAAAAGCCAACAUCACUAUACAUGGAUAAUAAAUAAAAUCCUAAAUAAAGUUUACAGCUGUGCUGGGACCCUUCAUCAGGCUCUGGCCUGCCUCACCACAGGACCUGGCUGGUACUGAGGCUGAGGGUAGCUGCAGUGAGGGGGUAGAUGAGAGAAGGCGGAGGUGGAGGUACCAUGGCGGUAGGCCAGGCUAGGUCUUGAAUGGUGAAAUCACUGGGCUUCCCAGCUCUUCUUUCCGUCCACUCCUCCAUUCCAGGCUUUUGGCGUUGGUUUUUUUUUUUUUUUUUUUUUUAAGAUAGGAGCGUUCUUACACUGUAGUUCAGGCUGACCUCAAAGUCAUACCAAUCCCCUUCUCCCUUUGUUCAGCCUCUGGAAUUCCGGGAUAUGGGGCAUGCCACGAUCCUGGGCCACUGUGCCACUUGCCUGCUCCUUCGACAGUGAGAUGGAAGUUUGCCAGGCAACCAAAGGCGUCAAAGGGAGGCUGCCUACUGGUUGGCUUAGUGCCCCCAGAGGCGGGCAAGUUUCCAGCUUCGGGGAUUUUGUACAAUGGAGGAGAGGGAGGGGCGCAGGAAGAGAAAAAGGGAGGCAGCUUGUCUUGGUUCCCCUGGAUCCUGACCCAGUCCUUUCCUCUGAUACCCUUCUGGGCCGGUCACACCUGUGGCACUGCCCUAAGCCUCUCUCCUUGUCUUUACUUCCUCCACUCUCUGGUGCUGGGAAGGAGCCGGCCCGGGCAGCCCUCCAAGGCCUUCCCGGCCUCUCUGCACCCGGCCGGUGACCGGCAGUCGGCCAGGCCACUCCCAGGGGGCCCGCACCAGGACAGGGCGGGAGGGACACCAAGACCUUCUUCCCCCGGCAGGCACCCGUCCUGCCUACGCGGGGAAACCGGACUCUCUCUCGCGGCUCUGGUUUCUAGAAAACUCCUGACUCGGGAUGGCUAAGAAAGGCUUCCAGGACCUACCCCUCCCUCGCCCUGUGCACCUGAGACCCCCUAGCCUUCUUCUGGUCCUCCCCCAGGACUAGUUGGCCCCUCCUCACACUCCUCCUCCGGUCCUUCCCAGGAUCCAGUAUUCCCCUCCUCCUUCACCUCCUUUUUUCUUUCUUUGCCCCCCCUCCCGGGACUCAAGUGCCCUCUCUGUCCCUGCUCCCCAUCUUGUGCUCUGUCUGCUCCCUUCUCCUCCCCCACCCUUAUUUCUCCAGAACCUAAGGAUCUGGGCCCCUGAGCUCCCAGCCUCCGGAGGCCCAGA